AUGUCUCGCGCCGCUAAAGCCAUAGGGCCGUCGAGCUCGUUCCGUGACGUGACAUUGCUCGAGACGCCUCUCCUUAAGGACCACCCUAACAGCGGCUCGCAGACUGCACCGCGGCGCCAGAACUCAGUGGGCCCCACCGUCCGCAUUCUCCGCUUCGGGUUCGGCCAGAGCCGGGAGCAGUCAUGGCUUUCACAGCUCAACCCCUUCGCGUCCCUCCGCUUUUCCGCGUCGCUCGCCGGCACGUGGCGGCUGGUGCGCGACGCUGUGCCGUGCCUGGAUUGGCUGCUGUCGUACGACGUGCGGCGCGACCUGAAAGGCGACAUGGUGGCGGGGCUGUCGGUGGGGUUCAUGAUCAUCCCGCAAGGCAUGGCGUACGCGCGCGUCGCGGGCCUGCCGUCCAUAUACGGUCUCUACACCGGCUUCGUGCCGUGCCUUGUCUAUAGCAUAUUCGGCAGCUCGCGGCAGCUGGCGCUGGGUCCCACGUCGCUCGUGUCGCUGCUGGUGAACGAAGCCAUCAAGCAGAUGGCGGACCCGGACUCGCACGACCCCGCGGAGCAGCGCCUCUACCUGGGCCUCACGCUGCUUCUCUCGCUCAUGCUCGGCGCGCUGCAGCUGCUGGCUGGCCUCCUCCGCCUGGGCUGGGUCGUGCGCUUCCUCUCACACGCGGUGGUCUCCGGCUUCAGCAGCGGCGCGGCCAUAAUGCUGGGGCUCAUGCAGAUGCGCUACUUCUUAGGUUACACCACGCGCCACGAGACCAUGCACAUGAUACUCUACGACAUCUUCGUCAAUCUCAAGACCACGCACGUGCCCUCGCUUGUCAUGGGGGUGCUGGCGCUCGCCUUCCUGCUCAUCAUGAAGCACCUGGGCAAGCGGCACAAGCGGCUGCGCAUUCUCCGCACGAUGGGUCCCAUCCUGGCAGCAGCCAUGGGCACGGCGACCAUAUACCUGCUGCGCAACCCCUGGCACAUCCGCGUCACGGGCCUCGUGCCCUCGGGGCUCCCCGCAGCCUUCUCCGCGUUCCCCUGGGCGCGCUGGCGCGACCUCGUGUCGCCCGCGCUGGUGAUCGCGAGUGCGGCGUAUCUGGAGACCAUUGCGAUUGCCAAGACGCUGGCUGCUAAGAAUGGCUACUCCGUUGACGCCAACCAGGAGCUCGUUGCUCUAGGCCUGGCGAACACAGUGGGCUCGUGCUUCCAGGCGUUCCCCACGGGCGGCAGCUUCUCGCGGUCGGCAGUGAGUGACGACUGUGGCGCCGCCACCGGCAUGGCGGGCGUGGUGUCCGUGCUGCUCGUGCUGCUCACCCUCAUGUUCCUCACGCCCCUCUUCCAGUUCCUGCCCCUGCCUGUGCUCGGAGCCAUCCUGGUGUCAUCGGUGUGUGGGCUGGUGGACUACGAGGAGGCGGCGUUUCUCCUGCGAGUGGAUCCCAAGGACUUUGUCGUGUGGAUGCUCGCCUUCUGCGGCACGCUCUUCUUCGGCAUCCAGGUGCGCUCACCUCCUGCCUUCAGGUUCGGAUCUGCUGCGUUCCUCUGUGUCAAUCACACGGGCGUCUACAGUCCCUAUCCCACCCAUCAGACGAGAAUGCAGCUGGAGGGAGUCAUUUCCCUGCCUUCCAUUACAUGGUUGACGGUGGCGGUGGUGAUAUCACUCGGCUUUGAGAUGAACGAGUCGGCCAUCGGGCAUUGUGAGGAGCGUUGCUCUUAUCAACCCCCACUCUCGCCCUUCCUCCCUCCACUUUGUUUUCCCCCCAACCCCUUUGCCAAACAGACGGGGGUGAUGGUGGUGGUGAUAUCCUUGGGCUUCAUGAUCAACGAGUCGCCCAACGCGCAGUGGGUGAUGGUGGCGGUGGUGAUAUCCCUCGGCUUCGUCAUAAAUGAGUCGGCAAACGCGCAGUGUGAGGAGCUGGGGCGGCUGCCUGGCACCACAGUGUACCGCACAGUGCAGCAGUACCCUGAUGCCAAGGUCACCCCUGGGAUUGCCGUCAUCAAAUGCCACUCCCACCUGUACUUUGCGAAUGUGAGCAACCUGCGGGACGUGCUAAGGCGCUACGAGGGGCUCACCAGCAGAACGCCCCUUCCCGCCCCCACCCCCGCCACCACCCCCACACGCUCCUCCCCCACUGCCACCGCCGUCGCCACACCUGCCGCCAGCACCCGCAACAGCACCCCCAGCUCUGCCCGAUCCUCCACCAGUCCUAGCAGCCUGGCUCGGCGAGCCAGCGACGGGAGCUUAGACGGCCGCACCAGCAGCUUCAGGAGCGGUGGGAGCAGCAGGGGUGGGGGAGGGGGGAGCGGGAGCAGUGGGGGAAGCGGAGAUUGUGACGUGGAGGAGGGAGCGGGGGCAGGCGAGGCACUGGUGUCACUUGUAGAAUCGUCGGCAAGGGAACAGCAGGGGGGGAGAGGAGCUGCGGCAAAAGGAAGAGCAUUGGGUGCGACGAACGUGCCUAUAGAGUACGUGAUUAUAGACAUGACGUCAGUACAUGCAGUGGACUCAGCAGCGUGCCAUGCGUUGAGAGAGAUCUGCCUGGAGUACCAGGCGAGGGGGGUGCGCCUGGCCCUUGCCAACCCCAGUGAUGCAGUCAUGCAGAGACUCACACGGGCGGGGAUCCCAGACCUGAUUGGGCGGCAGUGGUUCUUUGUGCGGAUCUUUGAUGCCGUGCAGCUCUGCAAGGCUGACAUGGCGUGUCGCCACGCUGCGGCCUCUGGUGCGCUGCCACCUGGCGGGUUCAUGGUUGCUGACGUGGAGCAGCAGAGGGUGGGGCAGCAGCGGCAGCAUCAGCAGCAGCAGCAGCAGCAGCAAGAGCAGCGGAGGGUCAUGGUGCGGCCGCGUUCGUUUUCAGAGGACGUCAGGGUUGCUGCUCGGCCUGCACAGGCAGAUGGGCGGGUGGACAGAGGUGUGCGCGCUGGCGGAAGGGACAGACAGGUGGUUGGGUCAGCAGCAGUGAGGGCGAGGGGGUCAGAGGGCAGUGGCAGGGAGGGGAGCAUGGCAGGGUGGCCGGAGGAGGAUGAGUUUCCUGGCAGCCCCGACUACGGCAUUGUCAUGCCUGCUGGGGGCAUUGCUGCUGCCGCUGCCUCCAGUGCAGCUGCUGGGCUGGCAGAGGCAGGGGCAGGUGAUGGGGAAGGGGAAGGCCCGUCAGGCGUGGGUGCGGCAUCACCUGAGUUUCCACCUCUGGAUGGGUUUGACGUGCAGGCGUUUUCAGCGCCUGAGGUGAUGCAGUCAGAGUAUGUGCUGGCGGAUGCGGAGGAGGAAGAGUCGGAGUGGGUGAGAAUACGACGGGAUAGGAAGAGGAGGCAGAGACGUGCAACGGCUAGGCCGGAUGUUGACCGGGAGAGCACAGGGCAAGAAGAGGCUGAUGAAGAUGGCCGUCCUACUUGCCCUGUGUGCCAUGGCUUUCUGCCUUUGGCUGAUGUAGCCUGGCCUCAUCAAGCGCGUCCCGAAUCCGAGCCGCUCCCCUCCGGCGCGCAAAUGAUCGGGGUCGAGGCGCCCCGACAUCAGAUGAUCGGCAAGCGCCGAAUGCGGGGGAACAGCGCGCCUCGCGUGGUGAUUCUGCCGCCCAUGAAGCAAAUCAAGAUUGAACCGGCGCGCAUCGUCAGCGUUGACGUGCCUGGCGGGAAGGCUCUUGUGGGGGAGGUGAUAUCCGGGCCGGAUGCUGCCGCCAUUGACGUGUCAGUUCCUGGUUGGUCCGCCGCCGUGCCCCAGUCGCCGUUCAGCCCGUUCCCUCCGCCACCGCACGAAGCACCGCUCCCCGCGCCCACCGCAUCCUCCGCCCCUGUUCCGCCGUGCGCCCCCCCUGCGCCUGUUUCCGCCGCCGCCUCCCCCCACCGCUGCCCUCCGCCGAGCUUUCAGGAGCUCGCGGCGCGCACCCCCCGUUACAAGGGCGUCCGGCAGCGCAAGUGGGGGCGGUGGGUGUCGGAGAUCCGCGAACCACGGCGCCGAUCACGCAUCUGGCUUGGUUCAUACUCGAGCGCGGAAGAGGCGGCGCGCGUGUACGACAUGGCGGCGCGGAUGCUGCGAGGCGACGCGGCGGGGAGUCUCAACUUCCCCGACAGCCACCAGGACGUGCCGCUGCCGCCCGCCAUCGCCGAGUCGCUCGUCCGCGUGUGUCAGGAGGUUGCGGAGGACGCGGCUCGCGUUGAAGGAGGCGGAGGAAUGGGAGGGAACGCAGAGCAAAGGUCCCUCCGUGCGGAAGCUCUAUCGUCCGAUUCGUCGCCAGAGGAGGAGUCGGACAGUAAUCCGACGGCCGUGCAGGCAGCAAGCAGCUGCGGCGCGGGUAGCGUGUUUUGCGCGCGCUCCGUCCCCACCGCCGAGAUCUCCAGCCACGUGUCGCCGCACUCUCUCGCCUCCGCCACCCGUCCCGCCCCCUCCGCCGUGUUUCGCGUUUCCGCUGCGAAUGUGUCCCCAACAAGCUUUCCCCCGCCCAGCGCACGGCCGUUCUCCGCUCCUCGCUUUCCCCCCAUGGUGGAAAUCCCGCCGCAAAAGGCGCCUCCAGACGUGAUCGUGCUCCCCGACUCGCCAGCAGCAGAGACGGCGGAGGUUGAGGAUCGAGCUGAUGGCGACGCUGCAACGCGCGGAUCGCGCAUGACCCCCGCGGCCUGCACCGCUCGCCCGCACAGCGUACACGUGAGCAGCAGCGGUGGCUCCACGGAUGACCCCCCCGCCGCUCCUCCUGCGCCCCGCCCUUCACCUCUUCCCUCCACUUCCGCGGCCAACCCUACCGCCACUACCGUCACACCUGGCCCUCACACUGCUGCUGCUGCGCCUACACCGGGUGUGCUUGCUGCUGCAGCGAGUGUGGCCGCAGCAGUGGGUGUGCCUGCGAGCGCGUCCCCUAGUGCGCGUGCCCCCACGGCCGCAGUGCACGCGCUGGCGCAGCUGCUCUCCUCCCUCGCUGCCCUCGGCUCCGCGCUCUCCCUGCCGCCGCCUGCCCUCGCGCCAAACAACAGCAGCACUGCCCAUGUGCUUGGGCACGACGGUCAGGCGCCAGGCAGCAGCAUCCAUGCAGGAGGGGACAAUGUUCAGGUGCCAGGAAGCAGCGUUCAGGGCCCCGAAAACAACAGCAGCCUUCUGGGCGCAGCAGCAGCGCGGGAGCAGCUGAUGCGCAUCCUGCAGUCACCCCUGUUACAGUCACACCGCACGCUUGCUGCUGGCGGGCAGGGGGGGCAUGAGGGACAUGCGGAGCAGCAGCGGCAACAGCAGCAACAGAUGCAUGAACCGCCAUUCCAGUUCCUGCCUCCCAGUGCUGCUGCCAGCAACAUAGCUGCGAGUGACGUGGUUGUUGGGAACACGCAGGUGCCUCCGCCUGCUUCCGCACGGCCCACAUCUCCCCCACCACCACUCCAGGGCUCCGUUCCUGCUGGCCUGCUCCGCACGUCCCAUCCUUCUCCCCCUCCCCACAACAUGCCUGCUGCUGCUUCCCUGCUGUCAGCCUCACCUCCCCCUCCCCAGCCUCCCUUGGUUGUACCCCCUGCGUCCCCCCAGCCCCCCUGCUCUCCGCCCCCUGCGCCCCCCCAGCCCCCCUGCACUGCGCCCCCGGCGUCCCCCAGCCCAUACAGCAGCGCCUUCGACUUCGAGCCGCUGCUGCUGCUGGCAGGCGACGAGGGGGAGGGGGGGGAGGGGCAGAGAGGGGAGGCUGCAGCUGGGGAAGGCGUAACUGCACUGGAGUACGGGCAGGGAGAGGGGGGAGAGGAAGGGGAGGAGAGGAGUGUGCAUGCGGCCAUGGCUGCUGCGGCAGCGGCUGCAGUGGAGGCGAGUGAGCAUCACGGGCAGGGAGGGGGCAUGGACCGGGCAGUGUCAGCCACAGCAGAGCAGUUCCACAUGUGGCAGCAGCAGCUGUGGGAGCUGUAG